AUGCGGACGACAUCACUCAACGCACACUACUCGUACUUUCCUUGACACCCAUCAACCUGACCGUGUUUCUUGAUUCAUGUCUUCUCCAACCGCUGUAUCUUAUCUAGUAUCGUACAUUGACCCGCAUUCUCUUGGUCAACCUGCUCCUUCGUCCCGUUCCGUAUCUGGACCGAGGUGACCUCCGCCGAUCUCCGAAUGUCGUCAUCAAUCCUUGCCGGUCCUGCCAGUCUGGCACUACUCAAGCUACCUCCUUUGCCUACCCUUCCAUUUCCCCCUCUGCCAAAGAUUCAAGAUGUCAAGCUCGAGACACUCGUGUUCACUCAUUCGGGGAUUGCUGGGAAGAAAAAGAAUUCCAUGAGUCUGGAGAUGGACGAAGAUGCGAUGGAGGAUAAUCAGAAGCUGGAGCAUGUCGGCGAUGCUCUUCUUGGCACUGUCAUCACCUGUCUACUGCAUGAGCUUUUCCCUAAGCUGCGGCAAGGACCUGCAACUGUCUUGAAAGCUCACCUUGUGAACAACACCACACUCUGUCAGCUUUCCCAACGCUAUGAACUUCCUUCCCGUCUUAUCUGUACUUCGGAUCAACGUUACAACUUGGCUCAAAACGAGAAAACCAUGGCGGAUAUCUUUGAAGCCUAUGUAGCCGGUCUCUUCUACUCACACCUGUAUCGAGCUUCCACAUCAUUCCCCCGCAUCCCUACUCCACCCGCCACUCCCCGGAAGCGAACUCUCACACCGGAUCCCAAACCUCCAUCAGCUUCAAACGCCGAAGCCCGAGGACAAGCCAUGGAUCACAUACACAAGUGGCUUGCUCCGCUGUUCACACCCCUGGCUCAUUGGGUACUGGAUCAGAUGCGUCUGGAGCAGAAGCGGUUGGAAGCGACGUUGUCAGCCACUCCUGAGGAGGAUGCGGAUGCUGUGGGUGCCACUGCGAGGCUUAACGAAUAUUUCACAGCCAAGGAAGGGAAUAUCCCGACGUAUGACUCGACACAGAUGAACGGUAUGUGGAAAGUGGAGUGUACUGCGGUCAAGAAAGAUGGCACUGAGUACCGAGCCGAAGCUAUCAGAAACAGCAAAAAGCUUGCUUCGACCGUUGCGGCGUACAAAAUUGCUCGGCAAAUCUCUUUGAUACCCUAGAUUGCGGGGGGACGAGAAGGCGUAGAAGGCCGUCUCAAUGUCGACCUGAUACCAAAUGAAGUGUUUAGUAACGAUCUUGCCUCUAAAUUUAUUGAUGCAGCCACUCGGAACCGCUC